AUGGCCAUGCACGCUCCACCGACUCCGUAUGACCCAGUCACCAAGCACUGGGACUCAUACAUGCUACGAUUUGACUGCUUCCUUGAGGCAAAUGACCGCAAGAAGAACAUGUUCCUCAGAUACUGUGGUUGGGAAGUUUUCGACACAGCGAAAGACCUUUCUGAGCUGACACCGCUACAAUCAGUCGCCUGGUCUGUGCUUCAGCAGAUGCUAAGGACCCACUAUGCCUCCAAGCCAUCCAAGCACAUUUGCCGGCAUGAGUUUAACAUCAGGAACCAGAAAAAGUACGAGUCGAUUAAUGCGUACGUUGCGGCACUUCCACGGCCAGGCUUCCUCCAUGAUAUAAAUCAUUUUGGUUGCAAUCCUUGCCUGAGAUUAAUAUCAGAAGAUCUUAUUUCUGAACAAAAGGGAUCAAGUUCUUUGAUGCCACUCCUAUGUUGUCUUUCCCUUCCCCCCCCCACAGUUACCGCCAAUAUCGACCGCACAUCGAGCAUCGAUUAUUCUCUGGUUGGGCCACCAGUUGCAACAAGUGAUUGUGUAGACCUGGACCUCAAGGGUGAAUUCUUCUCCAACGUCCAUCGUUCUCCUGCUCCUUUCCCACCGCCUCCCCUCUCUUUUCCGGUGGAUCAGGAGCGCAUGGUCCAGUUUGGGAUCUCCACUUACUUCUUCAACACGGCUGGUGACGUCUACUACAAGGCAGGAGCCCUGACCUUCUGGAUGGUGGAUGAGAUGGUCCCUCAGGAGAUCAAAAUCCGGCUGAACACCUCCUCCUUCCAGCCCUUCAUCCCGCAGUUGAAGACGCUCUACCCCAACUUGGCAAUGAAGCUGAAGCUCUCCCCUUCUUCGGCCCCGUCUCUGAGCAUCGCCCCCGAAAGCCUCUCACUGGCCGCUUCGGUUGACAUCCAGGCCUUCGCAAUUCUCCCGAAUUCUUCCCUGGCGCCCCUCUUUCUGAUCGGAGUGUCCAGCCCAGUUUCUGCCCAAGUCUCUGUCAAUUCUACCAGGAUCUCUGGGAGCCUGAAGCUUGGCAGGUUGAAGUUCUCCUUGAAGCACUCAGACGUGGGGGUCUUCUCGGUACAAAUGCUGGAAUACCUCAUAAACUUCCUUACGACCAGCAUCCUAAUUCCACAGAUGAAUGGUAAGGACAUUACUGGAAGUUACAUCCAGCAGGCAGAACAUAUGGUGGACAAGCCUUGCGAGUCUUGUUUCUCGCAACGGCUGAUCGAAAGGGAUUGUGCAGCCGUGCGGCUGCUGUUGCCAAAUGCUGAAACUCGUCAAGGAGAGACGCAACCUGGAAUGAAGGAGAAAUUUCCUGGAAGGGAGGACAAUUACUUGGAGGGACGGUGCUCCAUCACUGGAGGUUUUUAA